GCACUACUCCCAUCAUACUGAUAAUUGCAGAAAUGUUAAUGACCCACCAGCUUCUGAAUUAUGACCACUGCGAGCUUCAAAUGCUCCUUUUUCCUUCUUUUGCUCGUUGGAUUUCUCCUUUAAAAUAAAGAAAUAAGCCGCUUUUGCUCUCACUCCCCUCAGGUUAAAUACCGAACGAUUCUUCAGCUGCCUAGCCACUUCAUGUUCUCGCCCGCAAUCAGUCGCACUGUCGCCAUGGACAUAUAUAAUGCAUCUCUCUUGCUAAAGAGUUAGUCCUCAGGGCUAUAAAACUAACCGUGUACGUGAUGACAAUUUGAGCUUUCCAGAUGAAGGAUUUUCUUAUAAGGGGAAUUUCUUGUGCUGCCAAAGCAGUGAGCUCAUGCACAGCGAACUGCCCAGUCCCGAAGCUGGAGUACAUUGACGAGAAUGCCCCAGCAGGGAGUUGGUUUCCAGCAACCUGCCCGCCGCCAGAGACUCCGACUGAGUCUAUGGAGUUCCUAGCAAGAUCGUGGAGCCUCUCGGCAAUGGAGCUGUCCAAUGCUCUUACUGGCACUCAUAUCAUGUCAACCAACCAGUCUGUCCCCGAGAGGUCAUCCUUCUCUUCCCUUAACAGCGUCGAGUCAGCAGGACAGGAUGCAAGUUCCGCACCUAUAAGGGAAUCCGUGCUCCAGCCUUUACAGAAUGGUGGUAAUACUGAUAACGAUUCUCCCAGAGACAGUGGAGAAGUCAGGGAACUAUUCUUGCUUCAUCAGGCCCUGAACCCGGAAUUCCUUUCAAACCAACAGCUACUCCGUAAUGGGCUCUACAAGAGCAUUAUGAGGGGAAAAACAAUGGGGAGGUGGCUCAAGGACCAGAAGGAGAAGAAGAAACAGGAGACUCGGGCUCACAAUGCCCAACUCCAUGCAGCCGUCUCUGUGGCUGGGGUUGCAGCUGCCGUGGCUGCAGUGGCAGCCUCAACUGCCACAUUUCCUGAACAACCAAAGGCCUCAUCAAAGAACAAAACAAACUAUAAAACCACUGCCGCUAUUGCCUCGGCAGCGGCCCUGGUAGCGUCCCAUUGCAUUGAUCUUGCAGAGGAGAUGGGGGCCGAUCAUGGCCAAAUCUCAGCGGUCGUUAGCUCAGCAGUUAACGCGAGGAGUAAUGGCGAUAUCAUGGCCCUGACUGCUGGAGCAGCCACAGCGCUACGAGGAGCUGCAACCCUGAGAGCAAGGCUGCAGAAAGGCCAUGGGGGUCCAGCAAUAGGACUGGGAGAGGAAAAGAUCGAAGGUGACAAGGAAAACUUUAUCUCAAGUGCAUUAGAUUUUGUGUGCAAAGGAGGAGAACUCCUCAAGCGUACAAGGAAAGGUGCACUCCACUGGAAGCAGGUUUCUUUUAAUGUAAACUCAAAUUUUCAGGUGGUUGCUAAGCUGAAGAGCAAGCAUAUGGUGGGAACAUUUACCAAAAAAAAGAAACUUGUAGUCUUGGGAGUCUACUGCGAUAUCCCGGAGUGGCCUGGGAGGGCAGAGAAGGAAGAAGAAGGAUACGAGCAGAAGGGCUACUUUGGCAUUAAAACCGACGACAGAAUCAUCGAGUUCGAGUGCAGAAGCAAAAGUGAGAAGCAGCUCUGGGCUGAGGGGAUAAAACACAUUUUGAAUUACUGCUCGAACAUGACAUAAUUCAAAGCACAUUUACAUUUGCAAGCAACUCAGUAUGAUUGGAUAUGGGCAUAUUACAUGGAGAUAUGAGGAAUGGUACUUGUAAAUCAUGAUAUGAAAGUCCUUUCCGUCGAUUCUCAUGUAAAACCCAGCUUGUUUACUGACUUUCUAAAAGUUGAACAAGACAGGAUUUAUGCUUCUGAACCUUA